CCACUGUUUCAUUUCCUUGCAUUUUGUUUAACUUUUACUAAAAUAAAAGUAAUACUAAAAAGAUCAAAUUUAUAAACCAAAUAUUAAUUACAAACCGCAUGUUAAUCAUUGUGAGAUCUGGUUCUAAACACACAUUCUCCACCCGCGUGCAAACCCAACUGAAUCCCAAUCAACCAAUCAGGUAGUCCCCAAGUCUUCAUUUGAAUUUUCUUCAAUAACACUACUACCUCAUCACUCGUCACUCACUUUCUUCCUCAUAUAAGCUCUCUUCUUUCAGCGCAGCAUUUCCACAAACACUUGAUUUGCAAGUUUCAACAACAUCCAUGGCGGAUCAACCUUCUCCAUCCCCAACCUCCAUUGACCCCUACAAACUCCUCAAAAUCCUCCCCAACCCUGAUGGCUCCCUCACCCGCUUCACCAUUUUCCCCACCGUCUCCCCAACUCCCACCCCCACCGAGUCCAUUUCCGCCACGGCCGCCGAGUCAGACUCCAACUCUCCCCAACUCGUCCUCUCCAAGGACAUCCCCUUAAACCCAGAAACAAAAACCUUCUUCAGGCUCUUCAAACCCCACCCUCUCCCCCCAAACCCCCGCCUCCCUCUCAUCAUCUACUUCCACGGAGGCGGCUUCGUCCUCUUCUCCGCCGCCUCCAAACCAUUCCACGACUCCUGCUCUCGCAUGGCCCUCGCUCUCCAAGCCCUAAUUAUCUCCGUCGAGUACCGCUUGGCUCCCGAACACCCUCUUCCUUCAGCCUAUGAUGACGCCGUCGACACCAUCGCCUGGGUCCACCGCCAGGCCUCCGACGUCGACGGCUGCGAUCCCUGGUUGAAAGACGCCGUUGACUUCUCCAGGUCCUUCCUAAUGGGCAGCAGCGCCGGAGCUAACAUUGUCUACCACGCGGGUCUACGCGUUUCGGGUGAUGAUCUCUUGCCGAUGAAGAUCCGAGGGCUGAUACUAAACCAGCCUUAUUUCGGUGGGGUCCAUAGGACUGAAUCCGAGAUGAGGUUGAUCAACGAUCGGAUAUUGCCGCUGGUCGCUAACGACUUGAUGUGGGCCAUGGCUUUGCCAAAGGGCGUUGAUCGGGAUCACGAGUAUUGUAAUCCGACGGCGGGAGGUGGGGAUGGGAAGAUCGAACGGUUGCCGAGGUGUUUGGUUAGAGGGUACGGUGGGGACCCGCUGAUGGAUAGGCAGAAAGAGUUUGUGGCGUUUCUUGAGUCACGUGGGGCGCACGUGGUGGCCAAGUUUGACCAGGACGGGUUUCAUGGCGUGGAGCUCUUCGACCCCAGCAUGGCCCAAGUUCUGUACGACAUUCUUAGGGAUUUUAUCGAGUCGUGCAGUGCAUACGACGGUGAUAAUGUCGUCGUUUCAAAGUCGGCCACGUGAGAAGUAAGGCUAAGAAGCCGACAUGGCUUGUUAGAAAACGCCAUUUUGGUUGCUGUUACUUUUGCCUGUAAGGAGUUUUAGCCACAUUAAAGCACAUCCAAUGAUUAAAUUAAAAUUUCGGGUAAUGCUACGAGAUCAUGUAUGUAAACUAUAUUUUGUAAAUUAUAUUAUGUGCUAGUUGAUAAUUAGAUUAUUAAUUAAGUAUUAAUUAACACGAUUA